UCCAUCAUAUAGGGUACCACGACUACCACACAGGGGAUCGAAUUUUUAUGCGCAUGUCCAAGGUAAGUGGAAAUGGUGUCAAAACAACACCAAAACAGUAAACAAACAGCCAUUUUGUGCAGCAAUUCGUUAUUCGUGUGUCGUUGUAUUCGUUUGUCGUUUGUGUUUGCCUGUUUGCUGAGUAUUAUUUAUAAUUAUGUUUCCUUUCUUAAACUAUUAGUUUUUGUUAGUUAGUUUUUUAAGUGUAGUUAUUAACUUAUAAACUAUAAACUGAAAAUAAUAUGGAUUUCGAAUUGAGCAGUUAUGAAUUGGAAGAUAAGGAGUCUCAGCUAUCAGUGGAAAACUCUGAGCUUGAACACCAAUCUGCAGCUCCAUCAUAUGAAGAAAUGGACCACGGCCUCCUUAUUGAGGCAAUUCAAGGAUUCCCUUAUAUUUUUGAUCUAGGCAACAAAGAUUACAAAAACAAUAAAAAAAAGCAACUGGCUUGGCAACAAAUAUCGGAGGUUGUUAAUUGUAGUGUGGAGGACUGCAUCAAAGUAUGGAGGAACUUGAGAGACAGGUUCCUUAAAGAGAAGAAAAAAUCAAGUUCAGGAGCUGAGGCUCCAGAAAUAGUCUGGCCAUAUUUUGAGAAAAUGAUGUUUUAUCAAAAAUAUUCGAAACCACGCAAAACUUACACUACAACAAAAAAAGAAGGCAUGAGACCAUCGAGCCAGUUGUUGGGGGAAAGUAGGCCUUCCUCCUCUUUAUCAGUCUGGAGUUCAUAUGGUCAAAUUAUGUCCCCAACUGAGGUGGUAGAAGAUGGGGAAACCCCAGGACUCUCGAAUAGGGCAAAUACCCCAGCUGAAGCUCCUAGAAGAGCAAUUACCACAAAAGAAGCCCCAGGAGCCUCGAAUACACCAAACACCCCAGCUGUUGGUGGGACCCCUCUUUCAGCCUUUGGAAAUGACAAAAAGAAAAAAAGGGCCCAAGAUAUUGUCGGGGAGGUUGGACCAAUUGUUGGGGUUGCCAAUUACAUAAUGGAACGAUUGAGCAAAAAGAGCAAAAUGUAAACAGCACAUUUGUGGCAUACGUUUACGAAGAACUCCACAAAAUGAGUGAAGAGUAAGCAAAAAAAAAAGAAAACAAAUAUUACAAAUUUUAUUUGAUAAAAGUGAAUAAAUUUU